AUGGAGCCCCGUGCUGCUGUGAAUGUCUUUGACGAUCAAGAGACUUUGAGAUUAUAUUCCAUCAUGGGGGAUGAAGAAUCGACGGGGACUUAUGACCAGAUGGUUGAGGAAGUGGGAAAGGUGUCUGCACUCUUACAGGAGACUAGAGAAACUCUAAAGAUGACUCAAGACAGACUGGCAGAAUCCGAGCGAAAGUCAGAAAUUCUCGAGAUAAGGUUACAGGCCGAAGAGCAAGAAUUAGAACUCAUGAACAGAGAGAAUGAAAUUCUUACUAAUGAGGAACAUAGUCUCCGUGAAGAAGUGAAUAGACUUCAAGCCGCUGCGGAGAACCAACCUCCACCACAACGUCCUAUGAAUCCAGCAACUGAGAGUCGGUUGAAAAAAGCUGUGGAUCUCCUCAACAAGGAUCUUAUUGAGGCCAAAAAGCAGCUCGAGACGACACAGAUUGAAUUGAUCAAACAAAAGAGUACCUCUGAGCAGUUAGAACGAAUCAAUUCGAAACUUCGAAAUCGUAGCAAUCGUUUCGGCGGCACCUCCUCAGGUGGAACUCUGUUGCAACAACAUGAAUUGAAGGAAGCGCAGAUGCAAGCAUCUGAUUUGCUCGAAGAAAAUGCUACGCUACGACAGCAAGUAAUACUCGAAAAGAAAAAGGUCGAAGUGCUAGAAGAGAAAAGGGCCGAAGAACGAAGGCAGGCAGAAAAACAGGCAGAACAACAGAGCAAGUUGGAUGACAACGCCAGAGAACGGAUCCGCUUUGAUGAGAGAGAGGCAACAACUAAGGCUUUGACUCGCAAACUGCGAAAGGAGAUCUCCAGUGAAAUUGGCGCCAAGAAGGACAGAGAAAUAACAAUUCUACGAGAGCAACUCAAGAGAGCAUUUAAAGACAAAGAAGCGCUGGAGGUCAAAGUUCGAAGCCAAGAAGCAGCCGUGAAAGAAACUGAUAAGCUCCGCCAAGAAGUAUCAAGGGCAGAGUACGAAAUUUCAAGAUUGCAUGAGAUCAUUGACCGGACACGAGAACAAAGUGAGACCGCGAUAAACGAGCUGGAAUCCAAAUUUCGAAUGCAAGUUCAUGCCAUGCAAGAACAGCAAGCAAGGGAGAAAUGGGCAAAGAUCACGGAGAUGAGACAGCAAGUCUACCAGGAACGAGAACAUGAACUCAUUGAUUACCAGCAUCGACUACAAUCGUUGACCGACGAAACAAGUAGAUUACUGGAACAGGCCGAAAUCGAUAAGGAGCAAUACGGACGGCAGAUUCACGAAAGUAUCGAAUCGGCCAAACAAGAAGAGAUUGAUGCGAUGAACCGUGAACUGACUCAUUUCAGGCGUGAAGCCGAAGCUCUCCGGGAGAGUGCGGCACACGACAAGGAAAUGCUAUUGCAAGAAUUCCAUGAAAAGUUGGAAAAAGAAAAACGCUCCAAGGUAGUCGACAAAGAAUCUCAAGUUCAGUCGCUUGUUGCAGAAGUCAAGUCUUUGGAGAAGCAAUGCGAAUCUCUACACAGAGAAGGAGACGAGAUGACCAGUGAAAUCAAGUCCCUGAGGGGGGAAAAGAAGACGACAGUGGAACAGUUGAGGCAAAGUGAGAUGAAUCUGAAGGCUUCCAAGGGCGAGAUUAUUAACCUCAAACGUCGAAAUGAAACCCUUCGAACCAGUAUCCAAGAAUACGAAAAGGUUGUUGAUUCAAGAGACGAAGAGCUCCAGGAGACUAAAAAAGUCCUUCAAAGUAGUAGGGUGAAUGGAUCAGCAAAGCUGAAAGAUCGCGAAAUAAAACAUUUGAAUGGGCGUGUUGAAGCGCUGAGUCUUCUUGUACACAGGCAUGAGCAAGAGCGAGAUCAGCUCGUUGACCAACUUGGGAAGACAAAACGCUGGGCUAGUAGCCUUGGACCAGAUUCAAAAGACUAUUACUAUUUUCUCUGGACGACAGAGAUUGCAAAGUUGGAAAGAGUGCUGAAGAAAUGCCAUAGCCCUGUCGUGGAACCACAGAGUUCCUUCGAUCAACCAGACGACGAAGCAACUAUGGACCAAGAGACCAAGUUACGAGAUCAGCUUGUAAAGUGUGCAUUGGAAGAGACCGAUUCCUUGAGUCCACCACCUGAUAUCAUCACGACAGACGAGACCUCCGAAUCUAUGAAGGAGCAGCUCCAAUCGGCAAGAGAUGCAGUCUUUCGCCUGAAUGCUGAGGUAAAGAAACUCGCUUCUGCUCUUGUCAUUGCGAAAGGAACGCCUCCAAGUUCUCCAGAUCAGAGUACGCAUAAUGUAAGCUACGUUGACGGUCAUGACGCCAAACAGAAUCCGAGGGCGCGACAAGUGGACAUGAAAGUCGAGGAGGUCAUUUCAGAGCUUGAGGACUUCUUUGCAGCGCUAGAAACCGCAGAAGAUAAGAAUUCUGAGCACGCAGAGGUUCUGGAAGGAUUGUUGGGAACCGCCGCCAGAGAAAGCUUGAAAAUCUGUAAACGAAUUCACGAAAGUGAUCAACGGAGUCGUUUUCACUUGUCCCGGAUUGGUGAGGACAAUGUAGUCAGUGCGAAGCAUACCACACUUUCAGAGUCUUCACGGAAAGAGAACGCACGGAUAUCUCGCGAAUUCCAAGGCACUCUGAAGCAGCUUAGAGAAACUUUACAAAGCUGGAAAAUGCAUAACUCGGGAACAAAAAAUCAAAUUGAUGUGGUCAAGAGUAAGCUUGGAAUGCAUCGGAUACGUGAAGAUACCAAGUCUCAAGGCCAUCAUCGCGAGGAUCAAAUCUACUUUGAUGGUGCUUCAAGCAGCCCAGGAAUUUCGGGGACUGCAAUUAACAACGAUGGUGCCAAGGCCAUGGAUUUUGAGGCUCCGGCCGACGAGGAAAACUGUGAUAACGUGGCAGCUACUCGCCAGAAGCCUGUGCAAAAGAAUACGGUAAAUCCAGAAUUCGAUCACAUAUACAUUGCAGAGCAGUCAGGGGAUGCAGUGGAACAGCAAGUCGAGGAGUCAGGAGAUGCAAUGGAACAGCAAGUCGAGGAUCAUCCCGCAGAAGCCUGGGAUGUUCGAGACGAUCCCUCGUGCGAAUCAGAUCAAACAGAGACCUCAUGUUCAACAAACCCAAUGACAACACAAGCACUUCUCCAUCUGCCAAACCGUUCAUUGAUUGCACGGAGGUUUUGGCAUGGAGCGUCUGUCGACAAGUCACUUCAAAACACUACAGACCAACAGAAGACAACGACGAUUCUGGUAUCGACAACUUGCAGUGCAGACAAAACAAGUCAUGACCAGGAUUUGCACAUCAUCCUUGCCGACACCAAGGAGAAUCAACUCAGAGAUCAAGCAGCCAAUAUCAGUACAGUCUACAGCAUGGAUACCCUGGAUUCAACUGGUGACAAGCCAUUUGAUUGCUGA